GUGCCGCGACUCCUGACUGGCUGGCGGCUAUAAAUGACAGGUGGCAGGGCCAUUUCACUUUUAGUCUCGAGGUGUCGACGCAGGCGCAAUGAACCGCUGGCUAAAUAUUCUGUUUCUAGGAGCUCUGAUCUCCGCCCCCGUGGGGCAUGGCAACACGAUCAAGGAGCGCAACCUCUUUGCCACCGAACUGUUCCAGACCCUAGCCACCGAUCGUCAGGAUGAGAACGUGAUCAUCUCGCCGGUGUCUAUCCAACUGGCUUUGGGCCUGGCCUACUACGGAGCCGAGGGUAAGACGGCGGCGGAGCUGCAGAAGACGCUGCACGCCUCCGCCAAGGAGAGCAAGGAUGGUCUGGCCGAGAGCUACCACAACCUGCUGCACUCGUACAUCAAGUCCAAGACCGUGCUGGAGAUCGCCAACAAGGUCUACACCCGCGAGAAUGUGAAGGUAUCCGAGCACUUCCGCGAAGUGGCCAACAAGUACUUUGACUCUGAGGUGGAGUCCCUGGACUUCAGUCGCGAAACUGAAGCCGUGGAGCGCAUCAAUCGGUGGGUCAAACAGCAGACGCAGGACAAGAUCGAGCGGGUGGUGGACAGCCUGGAACCGGACACCAAUGUGGCUCUGGUCAACGCCAUCUACUUCAAGGCACGCUGGGCACGACCCUUCAACGACGAGGACACCCGAGACCGCGAGUUCUAUCUAAACGAGCGUGAGUCCAUCCAGGUACCCACCAUGUUCGCUGACAACUGGUACUACUAUGCCGACUACCCGGAGCUGGACGCCAAGGCCAUCGAACUGUUCUUCGAGAACAUCAACCUGACCAUGUGGUUCAUCCUGCCCAAUCAGCGCUCUGGCCUCCAGGCCCUCGAACAGAAGCUCAAGGGAGUCGACUUCAAGGUGCUGGAGGACCGCUGGCAGUGGCAGAGUGUCUCGGUUUACCUGCCCAAGUUCAAGUUUGAGUUCGACACGGAUCUCCGCCCCACCCUCCACAAGCUGGGCAUAAGCGCCAUGUUCUCGGAUGCGGCCGACUUCAGUAACAUUUUCCAGGACUCGCCCAUCGGAACUCGGAUCACCAAGGUGCAACACAAGACCUUCAUCGACGUUAACGAGAUCGGAUGUGAAGCUGCCGGUGUCAGUUAUGCCGCUGGAGUACCCAUGUCCCUGCCCCUGGACCCCAAGACCUUUGUGGCCGACCAUCCUUUCGUGUUCAUUAUUCGCGAUCCGCACGCUGUCUACUUCGCUGGACACAUUGUCAAGUUUUAGGAUUACCUUCAUAAUAAGCACAUCGUCCAAUCAUUUAUUUAAACUAAGUACAUGAAAAUGUAAUCAUUGCAUCAAUCAAUAAACACAAUAGAAUCUAA